AUGUCCGUCGACAUCAUCCCCUGGGUGCAGGAACACAGAGCCAUCGUGCUAUGCCUCUGGGCUGUCCUUAUCGUAGCGCGCUUUGGCGGAAGGCUGUGGCGAUUCGUGAAACGACCUGCAGGCGAAGGAAGUUCGAGUGCCGAUGCGAGCGAGAAAGGAGCGCUAGACACACCGAAGUUCGAGUUCCCGAGGUUCAAGCCGUGGCCUAAGCCGCUCUCCGAGACGCCGCUCAUACCGUACCGACCGUUCCGCUGGGGUGACUACCAUGUCACGAUGGGUAUCCGCACAGUGUCAUUUGACGACUGGAUUGAGCUGGAUCAGCAAUACGCACACUACCACCGGCUACGGUCGUACCGCGCCGAACAGCGAGGCAGCAAGCUCAUCGGAACCUUACCUGCGAGCGAUGUGGUCCCCGUCUCCGGGUUCGACGCGGCGCGUGAGCUUGUACUCGAGCUCGCCGAAUACCUCUCCAGACGGUAUCCUCAGAACUACUCGGUCGAGCGUCACCCCGUAGGUGCGAGCGGCGAGCCAGGCUGGUACGGCGAGGGUCGUAUACACAAGAUCACGAUGUUGCCGCCGAUCUCUGUCACGUAUGACCUUGACAAGGAGGAUCCGAUGACAGUCGCUGGACUACUCGUGCAAGAUGAUCUCGCGCUCAUGCUGGAGGGAAAGGAUGGGGUGUAUUACCUCCGUUCUGGGUCUAUCCUCACCGCAGGCUUCUGGCGCCUGGAAGACAAACUCGGCAUGUCGCUCGACGACAUUCACCUAUCCGGCAACGUCCCACAAUACCAAACGAAGCUCAAAGCAAGCAUGAACCGCUUCUUCGCGCGCCUCACGCCCGACAAGCUCAUCCAGCGCAACAACUACUUCUUCAAGCUCGUCAACGACCCCUCCUCCCCGGCCGAAGAGCGCGACCCGCACGAGCUCGGCUGGGCGGAGUACAUGGUCGGCGAGGAGGACGCGUUCGCGCCUGGACGGGGUCUGUCGGAUAAUACCGGUGAAGAAGCAGCACGCGGGGAUCCGGGCCCGGGGCAGAUGCGGUUGAGGAUGGAGAGGCAGAGCCUAAGGCGGUUGCCGAGGACUGGUGCUGUGUGCUUUACUAUACGGACGUAUGUGGUGCCGCUGGAAGAGUUGGCGCGUGAGCCGGGUGUACCGGGGCGUGCGGCGAGCGCGAUCAGGAGCUGGCCGCAAGACGUAGCAGGAUACAAGAAUCGUGACCAGUACGAGCAGUACAUCCUACCCUACCUCGAGGAAUGCCAUCGUAAGCAGGUGGAAGAGGGGCUUCUUCAGCCAGACGAAAAGCCGCCGACAGAUUAUCCGUAUUAG